CUCAACCCUCUUAUGCCACAACGAAAUCCCUCCCUCAUUCACUAAACAUCCUCAUUCUCUCCCCCUCCACAUCCACGCCACCAUAUCUUUUUCAUAGUCGGAUCUUUCCCCCCGCAGUUUCGGUUCCCGGCUCGUUGCUGCUCAGUGGUGACGGCCUCUAAUUCACUUAUGCCUCUGUAGCCACUGAUGCCGGCCGCCGAAGCAUCCCCCGUCGCAUCUUCCGAUUCCGGUUUUGUCACAAUGGAAGACCGGAAAAGAGCCGCUGCCUAUGAUCACAACGACUCGGCUCCACCAUUGAAGAAGCAGGCGACUUCUGUCAAUGGUGGUAGCAAGCCGCACCCCGAUGCUGACAUGCCCUGGAAAGAUGAUCUCGAGCGAUUCCAGAAGGACGCGAUAUGGCGCCAGAUGCAGGAGUACAAACGGGAGAAGGUGUCCCUUGAGGCCAAGUUGAAGGAGUUGUCCAAGUCCACCGCCUACCAUAAUGACCACCUACGUAUUAUCGACGCCUGGUACAAACAAUUAAUCGAUGAGAUUAAAAUACUCAUGGGUGCCCCGGAAGAAGAUGCCAAGGACCCUUCAUCUUUUCAAAGCAGUCUCUUGUUCGACGACAUCGAGCACUUUGAGAAACACCUCAAAUCUCGGUCGGAAGACAUACGGAAAAUAAUCUCGAGCGUUUCGUCCAAAUCCGCCAAAGUCUCGCCCGAGGUCUCAGAUUUGCAAAGCCAACUUGCAAAGAAACUAGCUGAAGAGAAGGCUACUAUCACUGAUCUCGAGAAAGCCUUGUCUGAAAAGCAACAGUUAGAGGAGAGUUUGGAAGAGGCUUCUUUACGUUACAUGGUCGCUGAAAAGAAACUUGAUCGUGCUCGAAGCGUCACUGUCGCCAAAUUAGAAAAGCAGUACAUACUGGGUGCUCAGCGGCCUGGGGGUGAUGGUGCAUCUGGACAACGGGAGGAGCCGUCGGCCUCCAACGGCGCAACCCCGAGUGGUGAGCGGAGCCCGGCGUUGGAUGAAGCACACAACAGGCUUGCGGCGAUAUCAGAAAAGCAGAAGGAACAGCUUCAGAAACUUGAGGCCGAGAAUGCGAAAUUGCUAAGCCAGAUCACUGACUUGAACAUUAAGCAUACACGAUUGACGGAUGACGAUUACGCCGGCACGGACUUGUUCAAACAACUCAAGUCCCAAUAUGACGAUGUUGUUACUCGUGUAAACCAUCUAGAGGCGACUAACGUACAACUUCGCGAAGAAGCGGCGAAACUACGGUCGGAACGAAUCGCAUAUCGCAACCAGGUCGACGAGGAGACGCAGGGUGUGAUCGCUGAAAGAGAAGCGCAAUUGAUGCGGGCUGAAACGGAUCUGGCACGGAUACGGAACGCGCGCGAUGAAUUAUUGGCAGAUCAACAGAUGCGAAAGGCUGCGCAAGAGCAGGAGAAAAUUACAGCCAUCAAAGUUCAAGAAUUUGCCGAUGCCGGCCAGGCUCGAAUCGCGGCUUUGGAAUCCGAGGUGGAGCGACUACGUGUCGAAGUCGAGAAGGAGAGGGCUGCUGCACCGAACACCGAUGAAAUCUCGACCGAAGAACUGCGCACUCGAUUUCGCAAUUUAGAACGUCAAUAUGCGAUGCUUAACACCGAAUUGUCUUCAAUGCAGGUUGCCUGCAAAAAGUACUCCUCUCUGGCUUCACAGAAGGUUACUGAUUUUGGGGCCUUGGAGGAGAAGGUGGCACGUCUCAUAGCAGAGAAAUCCAAGGCUGAUCAAAAAUACUUCGCCGCGAUGAAAAGCAAGGAAGCGCGGGAGCUGGAGGUUCGCACUUUGCGUAUGCAGAACUCAAAAAGCUCAGAUAUUGUCUCGCAGUUGAAGGAUUCGGAAGUCGCAACUCGAAAUUUGCUCGCGAACAUGGAAAAGCAAGUAAGCGAGACGAAGGAAGCACUGAAUACCUUAAUCGCCAAGAAUCACGCUGCACAACAACAAAUUACGGAACACAACAUCACAAUUGAAGGAUUGAACCGGCAAGUGGCGGAUCUCAAGGCGUUGUCAGCAUCCAAAGAUUCGGCACUUUCCAGUACGGCCAGCGCAUGUCGCAAAGCCGAAACCGAAGUUGAAGGCUUGAAGGCUACCCUGGCGGACACCAAGAAAAGUCUAGACAACUGGAAGAAUAAGAGUCUCGGCAAUCAGUCCUCCGAAUAUGAGAUGCUGCGGACGCUUGCUCUCUGUACAGUUUGUCGCCGGAACUUCAAAAACACAGCGAUCAAAACUUGCGGUCAUGUCUUCUGCAAAGAGUGUGUAGAAGAACGUCUCACCUCGCGCUCACGCAAGUGUCCCAACUGCAACAAGUCCUUUGGCAAUAACGACUACAUGCAUAUCACCUUGUGAUCUGAUGCAAGCCCUCUUCGUUCACAAACUUCGUGUAUCAUAAACUCUACCUUUCUCCUUCAA